GAAGGCAUGCUUCGUCCUGACCCAUGUUCAGGGCGCGCAUAUACGUUCCCAGUUUUGAAAUUACCUGUUUGCAUAUUUGUGACAGUCCAAUGUGGCUGCUUUAGUUGGGAAGGCGAACCUCUGCGAAAAUUCAGCCGCUAAUUUUUUUUCUUUUUUCUCCCUGGUGAACGGUUAAAGGAAAAAGGGGAAAUAAAUCAUCACUCUUAUUAAUAUUCGUGUUUUCAUGUUCAUGCGCAAAAAUAACAUUUUUGAAAUAUCUGACGACGCGAGGCUGCCAGGAUGGAUGACAACUUCGUAAGCGACAAGGAUGAACAGUUGUUGAAACUGCUGCUGAAAAAUAGACCAACGUUCAGCGAAGAAUUGAUUGACUACUACCUUUCGUACAGCGGAUGUAGCGUAACGGAGAAGUCCUGCCUCAGAUUCAUUUCGCUCAUUUUGCACAAAUCGAUAGACAAACUAGUAGAUCAGUCGACGGUCGUGCUGCCCAGCGAAACGCCCCAUGGUGAUGACAACCAGAGGGAUAAAGAGAGCAGGGGCGAAGCUAAGAAGGAGCUGAGCUGUAAAAAACUGAUCGAAGCCCUAAAAGAAUUUGAUCAAAACUAUCAAAGUGAAGAAAUAGUAAAGAAUUUCAAUCUGCUUAAGUAAUAGGGAGAAAGAAAGCGAAGAAGAGCGGCGUCCAUUGGUUUUCUUUUUCUUUUUUUUUCCCAACGUACAUGGCACAUAGCGCGUUGAAAUUUUUAAUUUUUUUUAAGUAUUCGUCAAAAUUGAUCCAAAUUGGUGAAAAUUUCGUUCCCAUUUUGCAGCGUCUUUUCAACCUGCUGAAAGGAACAUUUUAAUUAUUCUUAUUUUUUCCCUAUUAUGUGGGGGGACUUAUUUUAUAAUUUUUUUUUUUAAGUUCAACGUUAACAUAGCAAUAAUUUUUUUAUUAA